AAUCUAAUAUGAGCUUCUAGGUACCUAAUAAAACUAUAUUUCUUAGACAACAGAUUCCAAAAAAGAAGAAUUCAGAAAAUAUUUAGAAAAAGCUGGAGUUAUUGAUUAAUUGACUAGAGUUCUAGUUGGAUUAUACGAAGAACCAGAAAAACCUAACAAUGCAAUCGAGUAUUUUAAUUAUUUAUUUUUUAAUUAUCAGCUACGUUAAAAAGUAUUUAGGAUCACCUGUUGACAUUGAUGUUGACAAACUUAAAUUAGAAUAUGAAAAACUUAAAGAUGAAAAUAUUAAAUUGAAAAGGGAAAUUGCUGAUUUGAAAAAAGAGGUAAAUAAUUAUCCCUAUUUAAGUUAUAAGCAGCCUAAUAAGAAUAGAAUUGAUAUUAAAAAUAAAUCAAUCAAUUUACAUUACUAUAUAU